CAUACGUGUAUUCAUCUAAUUCGUACAACAAGCCGAUUAAGUAGGUGUUUUAUUAUUCCCAUUUUAUAGGUUAGAAAACUGAGCCACAGUAGCUAGGAAGUCACAGAACUAGGGUGGAAUGCAGGCAGUCAGACCCUGAGUCCCCCGAGAUCAGUAAGUGUGGGAAAAGGACUAUGGUGUCUGUUUGGCUUCCCGGGAGCCGUGAAGAUGAAGUCAUUUGCUCUCAUCCCUGAGCGACCCGGGGCUCUCCAUGCAGUUGAAGCCAGUACUUCAUGCUCUGCCACUUACAGGUUAUGGCUCUCUGGGCAUGAUGACCAGCGUGCUGAUUUGUCCAGACGGCAAGACGGUGGAAGCAGAGGCUGCCCACGGGACUGUAACGCGUCACUACCGCAUGCACCAGAAGGGGCAGGAGACAUCUACCAAUCCCAUUGCUUCCAUUUUUGCCUGGACCAGGGGGUUAGCCCACAGAGCCAAGCUCGAUAACAACAAAGAGCUCGGCUUCUUUGCAAAGGCUUUGGAAGACGUCUGUGUGGAGACCAUCGAGGCUGGCUUCAUGACCAAGGACUUGGCUGCUUGUAUUAAAGGUUUGCCCAACGUGCAGCGUUCUGACUACUUGAAUACGUUUGAGUUCAUGGACAAACUCGGAGAAAACUUGAAGAUAAAACUAGCUCAGGCCAAACUUUAAGGUCGCUCCUCGGCUUAGGAGGACAAGUGUUUUUUGGUAACUAGUCCACUGGUUUACAUUUUUCUGUAUAACACUCAAGGGAAGGGCAAAAUCAAUUUUGUAAUUUGUUUAGAAGUCAGAGUUUAUCUUUUCUAUAAGUUUACAGCCUUUUUCUUAUACAUACUGUUAAUGCCACUUCAAGAAUGUGGCUGGGACUUUGUAACUUUAAAUUUUAUUUUCUACUAAUAGCUUAGGAAUUACUUUAGUGCUGUUCAUACAUACCCUGUCACUUUUUCUCAUGUUCCAAAAUAAAUGACCAAAAUGAAGAGUGCUUGAAAAGUAAAUGAUAGCCACAGUUUUGGUCCCUAAAGUGUGUAAAGUCGAAAUUCACUCCCUACCCCACUCACCAUGGCCUGGGCUCCGGGUGCUGUUGGUGUAACAGGUGUCCCACCAUGUGAGGUCCAACCGCACCUUAAACUUGCACAAGAAUUGUAACGAAGAGCGUGGGUGCAACUACAGCGUGUUGAAGACACAGCAGUCACUUGUGUAAAGAGCUCCAACGGAAUGUUUCGAAGUGUUAAAUGUUUCUGAGGCCGCUGGAGAGUUCGGAAUCCAGAGUAAUACUCCCUGGGGGCUUGUCCUCUGUGCUUGUCUCCUCCUCCUGGCCUGUGGGGCCUACGCGUCAUGCUGCCCCGAACAGCGCCUUUCAUUCAAGUGCAAUAAUACGAGCAGCACCUUUUGGGGAUUUCUGGCCUGUUUUAUUUCCUUUCUAUAAAUGUGAUUUUUCAGAAGUUGAUUGUAAACACUAUUCUAGUCUGUUCUUCCUCUGAACUGUUAAUCUUGAUUAAAAUUAAGUGCUAAUGACCAA